AUGUUACGGCGUUCCUUCUUUACACUGUUCCAGCAAUUCGUUGCACAUCCUUCAUGUUCACGAACCACACUUCGUGGACCAUCUCCCGUUCUGAGUUCCGUCCGCUGCCGACAGUUCCAUGGCUCACGGCGGUUGUGUUCACAGGAAAUGUCCCGACAUGAGGAAUUCGAACAUCGACUCAAUUCUUCUCGACGUCAGUUGCGAAAACGACGUCCAUACCCUUCUGCUUUCGCGAAAAACUUACGACAACCUGAAGUUGUUGCGUUAGCUCUCUCCGAGUCUCUUGACUUAACGGCAAUUUCAGCGGAUCCUUCAAUUUCCAAUAUGUUUGACGUUUCUUAUAUAGAUGAAGAGUUUGACGAUGCGCUUCAUCUAGUGAAAAAGUUGGAAUACUCUAUAAACCCUAUUCAAAUCAACGAGAUUUUUGUCUUUCAGGAUGGGGUUGUAGUGUUUUGGAAUGUAGACCAUGCUCAGAGAGCACACACGAUCCGCGAUCUCGAACGGCACAUGGAUGGACCUUACGAAUCGUCAAUAACUAUGGAAGAGCAAGACACUAUGCCUUAUUCACUUGUGGAAGGUGGCCAGACUAUGAUAAAACAGGAUUGCUUCAUGCUCAAUGGAGAAAAACAUGGUGCUGACCAUCGCAAACUCGAUAAUGUUCUUGAACGAUUCUCAUUAAGUCAAGCCUUUGCCGCAUCGGUGAAAGUAGGCGUUUGGGAAACUCUGUUGAAUAAUCUCGCUGAACCUCUCUCGGAUACUACAAAGGCACUUAAACAAGGUGUUAUUCCUUGGAGUCGUAAAGAAGCGCUAAAGAAAUCCGGAGAGUUUGCUGCGCUGCGACAUUCCAUAAAUCUUGACUGUACUUUACUUAAUCGCGAUUUUUACUGGGAUCAUUCCCAGGUGGAAGAGUACUAUUUGAUGUCAGCACGCCACUUUAUCUUAGCAAGACGUAUAAGUAGCUUAAACCGACGUCUUGAUUACUGCGAAGAACUGGUGAAGAUGGUCGACAACAUCUUGGCAUUAAGACAUGCUUCUACUCUAGAAUGGAUGAUCAUAGUACUGAUUGUUAUUGAAGUGAUUUUCGAUCUGCUCCACUUCGCAGAUAACUCACCAACUAAGGUAUCUCCUCAACGUAUCUUAAAGCGAUUUCCCCUGGGAGAUGGAAGGUGCUCGAAAGCAAUCGCUCUUAAUUGCUUCUCGUGGAGAAGUAUGUUAUCGCGUGUAGUGCCAUCUGUAGCUCGUGCAGCAUUAGUUCGUAGUUCGGUGAGACUCCUAACCACACAAGCUGGCGAUGAUUUCACUCUGAAAGAGUUCAGUGAAAAGUAUUUAGGCUAUCGCAAGGCAGCAUUUACGGAGAAGCUAGAGAUUAUUGACCCUAGCGCUGAACCUGCGCUUCCAAUUUAUCGUGUCACAGACAUGCAGGGGAAUAUUAUCGACCAUUCACAAGAUCCUAACUUAGACAAGGAGACUUCUUUGAAAAUAUAUCGGGACAUGACCCAGUUGAACGUGAUGGAUCGCAUUCUCUACGACUCCCAACGACAAGGAAGAAUCUCAUUUUACAUGACUAAUUUCGGAGAAGAGGGAGCACACGUAGGAUCGGCAGCUGCUCUGAAUAAUAAAGAUCUAAUUUAUGGACAAUAUCGUGAAGUCGGAGUUUUAAUGUGGAGGAACUUCCCACUUGAAAACUUCAUGCAUCAGUGCUAUGGAAAUCACAAAGAUAUAGGCAAAGGACGGCAAAUGCCUGUACAUUAUGGCUCUACUGAGCAUAAUUUCGUGACUAUUUCUAGUCCUCUAACCACACAGCUGCCUCAGGCAGUAGGAUCUGCAUAUGCAUUCAAGCGCACUCCCAAUAAUGAUCGUAUUGUGGUUGUAUAUUUUGGAGACGGUGCAGCAUCUGAAGGAGAUGCUCAUGCGGCUUUCAACUUUGCUGCAACAUUGGACUGCCCUAUCAUUUUCUUCUGUCGUAACAAUGGUUACGCAAUCAGUACGCCAACUUCAGAGCAGUAUGGUGGUGACGGUAUCGCUGGGAAAGGACCCGGUUAUGGUCUGCAUACAAUUCGUGUUGAUGGAAAUGACGUGUUUGCUGUUUACAAUGCGACAAAAGCUGCUCGAGAGCUGGCUAUAAAGAAUAAGCCGGUUCUUAUUGAGGCGAUGACCUAUAGACUGGGUCAUCAUUCAACUAGUGACGAUUCAACAGUCUACAGAUCGCACGAAGAAGUGAAGGAGUGGGGCGAUAAGGAUCAUCCAAUUUCGCGAUUCAAGAAAUACAUAACCGAAAAGGGGUGGUGGAAUGAAGAUGAUGAAAAGAGCUGGCAGAAAGAUUGCCGUAAACGGGUGUUGAAGGCAUUUGGAGAUGCCGAAAAAACAAAACUUUCUCACUACCAUGACAUGUUCGAGGAUGUGUACAAGGAGAUGACCCCGAGUUUGAAACGCCAACGCGAUGAGUUCGAUGCUCAUAUGGAGGAGUACAAAGAGCACUAUCCAAAACUUCAGUGUUAUCGGUGUUAUCCACCAUUCCAUUUUUUGGUGAAUUUGGUAUUUGUAUUGGGUGCAGAUCACUAA